CCUUCACACGGACCGUGUUACGAAUUGAAAUAAAUUUCUGCACUCCUACUGCCAUCUUUUAAUAAGUCUUCUUGUAAUAUUUCCCUCUCUCACUCAGUCUCAAUGGCCCCUGCUUCAAAGUCUAAGCCUGCCAAUGGUUCCACGGCCAAGGGCAAGGCUUCUACGCCUACCACAAACGGUACAACUACUCCGGUCUCUGUUGCCAGCGAAAAGAAGGACACGUCCGAGGUUCCAUCUGUCUCUGGCGGCAAGCCAGACAAGAAGGCAUACGACGUUGAGCAGGAAAGACUUAAAGGUGAAAUUGAUGCUCUCCAGGUUAAACUGUCGGCUGUAAGAGACAAAAUUUCCCUUGUCACCAAAGGCGGGGCGGGUAAUGAGAGACGAAACGCUUUAAAAGCCGAGCUCGAUGAGAUUCGCGGGCUGCAGUCAAAUAACAAGACUUCAAGAGGCAAAGUUCUUGACCAGGUAAAGGCGUACGAUGAAUCCAUUAAAAAAAAGGUCAAGGACUUGCAAGCCGCCAAGGGUAAAAUAUCCUUCAAAUCUACCGCCGAGCUUGACGCACAUAUCAAAAAUUUGGAAAAACAGGUCGACUCAGGAACACUCAAACUCGCUGACGAAAAACGUGCGCUUGCAGAAAUAAGUUCGUGCAAACGCAGCCGUCGUACGCUUGAUGCCUUCCAGAGCGACCAGGAGUCUAUCGACGCUGAUCGCGCCGCUGUCGCCGAGCUCAGAAAACAGCUCGAUGACCCUGACUUCAAAGCAGUCUCUGAACGGUACGACAAGGCCAAGCAGGAGCUUGAUGAGCUGAAGAAAGAAGAGGACGUUCUCUACGCCAACCGGUCGAAGCUCUUCGAAGAACGUGAUUCUAUCCAAGCGCAACUUAACACCUUGUACAAUGAGAAGCGGGAGUCGCUUCAAAACUUCCGCGAGGCGAAUGACCGUUAUUAUACCAAGCUCAACGAGGAUCGAGCCCGGCGCGCGGAGAGACUUCGUGCCCAAAGAGCCGCAGAGGAGCUACAGACGAAGCAAGAGGUUGCACAGCAGUUAAGAGAAGAAGCAGAGGUACCAGCAUACCAGGCACAAAUUGAAGACUGUCAGACCCUCAUUGACUCUCUGUCUGGAAAGACUAGUGGGGAUGUCACGCUGAAGAGCGCGCCCCUGGUCAAAAAGCAGGAGUUGGUUGGUGUUUCCAAGUUAGAAAUUAGAAAGGUCGAGGACGUUCCAGAAGGCGUUGUCGUCCGGAAAAAGAAGGGCGAGGAUGAUGACAGUUACUUUGUCGGCGGAAAGGGUAAGGGCAAGGGCAAAAAAACUGGCUCCAAGGCGAAUGGAUCCACCGAGAAUCCCUCGCAUCUGAACAUUCCCCUCUCCACCCUCUCUGCUCUCCUCAAUUUCUCGAUUCCCCCUCCUACAUCUAGCGCGGACAUUCCUCGCGUUGUCGAAAAUCUUAAAACAAAGAAGGAGUGGUUUGAGGCGAAUCAGGCUCGCCAGACAGCAGCCAAUAUUGCAAAAGCUGAGGCAGAAAUUCAGCGGCUCACGGGUUCAAGUAAGGAUAUUCAGUCUCCCGAGACCGCUGAUGUGACGCCUCCAAACGGCGAGGGCGAGAUACCCGAUGAUCCUGCUCCAACUCCUGGUGUAUCUGGGUUGUCUUCCCUUGCAGUGCCAGAUGAUGAAGUUAACGAGACUGAAGCUGCGCCCUAGUCGCGAGGUAGUGGCAUGUAAUACCAAGAAUUUUUCGGAUGGUCGGGUUUGGAUAUUCUCUGAGAAAUACCUUGCGUGUUGCAGAACUCCCAAUAACAAUGGUUCAUUAGUUACAUCCAAAUCGUGCCCUCUCGGUG